CCUUUCCAAUCGCCAUCGACCGAGCCACUUUGUUUUUUUACGUCUCUCCAACCGCCUCUCACACCUAUUCUCUCCCGGAUGGCUUCAUAGACGACGCAGGAACGGCACUCACCUCUCUCCUGCUUCUCCCUCACUCUCGCCCCUCUUUUAUUCUUCUCUUGUUGUGCACGAUCGACCUGAGGGACUCUCGGAGCCGUCGGAUCAGCCAAACAGGCGCAACACCACGUUCUUAGCGUCCCACACGCACCAUGAUUGUCAUUCCGCUUCCAGUCAAAGAUGGUCUCCCUCAGCCUCGAGGGCCUGGCGCUCGCUCAGAGGCUGGUGUCUUGACCGUCGAUGCUAUCCGUGCUGCCUCGGUCUCCUCGCUUUCGGGCGACGAGGAUGGCGCCACUGAGAAGGAAAAGGCUGGACCAAGCCGCCGCAGUGGCGCCUUCUCGCGCUCAGCCUCCAUGUUUCAGCAGCACACCACUGUCGCUUCCUCCUCUUCCAGCGCCUCCUCAUCCCGUGGUUCGUCACCGUCGGACGUGGCAUCGUCGUCGAGGAGCACACCAACGCAUAAGACAGGUUCCACUGCGACGUCUUGCACGCCCUCGCUUCGUGUGGACGACGUACCCUCCAAACCGACGACGCCCAGAAAAGCCAAAAGGGAAACUGCAGACGUGGUCGUUGAGGUGUCUCCCGCAACGUCUGAGAAUGGCAAGGCGACAUUGAGAAAAACAGAGAAGGGCAAGAAGCAAGAUCCUCGUGCGAUCCAGUACGAUGUCCCCACAGAUACGUUUGUGCCACCCUUUGGGCGAAAGACAACCAAUGCCGAGAGAGAUCUGGCCAGGGUUUGGGAGGCUGUCGCCGGGGCUCGGCGUAUUGCCGUCAUCUGCGGCGCGGGCAUCUCUGUCUCGUCGCCAGCAAAUAUCCCAGACUUUCGCUCCACGGCGGGCCUGUUCAAGACGCUCAAGGAAAAGCAUCCCAAUGCAGGACUGUCGAGCGGCAAGGAUCUCUUUGAUGCCAGGCUCUUCAACACGCCCUCGACCCAGUCGCUCUUCUACUCGAUGAUAUCCGAGCUCAAGACAAUGACGGAUGCCGCCAAGCCAACGACGUUCCACCACCUCCUCAAGCGCCUUGAUCUCGAGGGGAGACUCCAGCGAGUUUACACACAGAACAUCGAUGGGCUUGAGGAGCGAGCCGGACUAACGUUUGGACUCGGCGAGACGGGCGACAGCACUGCGACGGUGCGAGCACUGGGGAAGCGAAAGCGCGAUGAAAGGCUGGGCAAGGGACCUCCGCCCAACGCCAGAGCGCCUGGCGCCUUCUCAAGGAGCAAGAGCGAUUCGGCGCUCCUCUUUGCCGAGAGAUUGCGCUCCUCGACGCCCGACGCCGACCAGAUGCCCAUGUUCCCCCGGACAAUCCCACUUCACGGCAGCUUGUCGACGCUCACGUGUGCCGUGUGCAGCCACAAGAUCUACCUGUCGCUGGCCUCUGGCGACGGCGAACACAGUUUUCGGAUCCCGCAGAGGGAGCUGUCGCCCGAUGCGCCUGAUCAGGCCGUGGCCGCGCUGGAAACGCUGGCAAGGGGCCAACCGGUUGAGUGCGUCAAGUGCGAGGAGUACGAAGAAGUGCGCCAGACGGCCGGGCUGCGGUCCAGAGGCGUGGGAAUCAUGCGCGUCGACGUUGUUCUCUACGGCGGCCAGAACGACGGGGGAGAGCAGGUGGGACAAUGCGUGCAACGAGACAUUCUCGGCUUGCGAGACCCCAACGAGACUGCCGUGCCGGAAAGCGCGCUGGAGAGAGCAGCACGAGAGCGAAAGGAGCGAAAGGAGAAGCAGAAGACCGAUGCGGCCUCGGAGAGGGCCUCGGAGGAGAAGACGGUCGACGAGCUGCUGGCGAGCUCCAGCAGGGCGCCGCUCGAGCCCAUCUGCGAGGCCAACUCGAUGGAAGAGGCCUUGGGGGCUGCGUUUGACGAGGGCAUCGCAUCGGCGACACCCACCAUCUCCGUCUCAAAGGCACCCACAGAGCAGCCGUCAGCACCUUCCUCGACCGGCAGCAAGUCGAAGCAGCGGGCUCCAAGGCUCAAGCCGCUCCCGCCGGACCUCCUCAUCGUGGCAGGUACCAGUCUCAAGGUGCCAGGGACGAAGCGGAUCGUGCGUGAGUUUGCAAAGGCCUGUCAGGCUCGCGACAAACGCUACUAUUCGGGAGACAGCGAGGAAGAGGCCUCGGAAAGCGAAGAGGAGCUGUCAGGAAAGAGGACGACACGGGCGAGGGCAAAAAAGGACGAUUCGGCUGAGCCAAGGGAAGGGAAGGCGGAUGACGAUGACAAUGACGGUGACGAUGACGACGACGUCAAUGCGCCCAUCCGAACCGUUCUCCUCAACUACGACUUUCCUGUCCCCGGCUCUCAGUGGGAUGGUGUCUUUGACGUCUGGGUCCAGGGUGACGUCCAGCAAGCUGCGCUGGGUCUCUGGGAGGCGACAAAGUACCCGAAAGAGGCUUCCUCGACUGGUUUCGGUAUGGGACCCGCAGAAGACGAAGAGGAGGAUCACAAUGACGCUCCGAACUGCCAAGAGCUCUCGUGGGCCAACCACUGUGCUGUCUUGGAAGAGGAGCGCAAAGCCGCAAAGAAGAGGAGCCGUGCCUCUCCCAGUGCCUCAACAAGGGACGGUACAGCGACGCCGACCAAGUCUGGAAAGGCGGCAGCUUCAUCAGCGAAGCCGGUCCCCAAGGGUGAAGCAAAGGUCAAGUCUGCCAAUGAUCCAGACAAGAAGACAAAGUCGAGUGUCCAUGGUGCUGUGACGAAGAAGGCAGCUGCUUCGAUCAAGAAGAGCCCUGCGCCACAGUCCAAAGCCAAAGCCCCGAAGGCGACCUCGACGAAUGCGAAGACGACCUCAGCCAAUCCCAAGAAGGCCGUCGCCGCUCCCAAGAGCAAAUCCGUGUGGUCACCCAAGAAGGGCGCAAAGACGCCUUUGACAAGCUACAUGAAGGGCACCAAGGCCUCCACCAUGGCGACCGUCGCCGCCGCUCCCAAGAAGAAAGUCAAGUAGUCUCGCCACUUGCACAGCAUGCUUUCCCCACCAAAUUUCCAUGUACUCGUUGCAUAUCCGACCUACCCUACCCUACCAUCACACAACAUCCUUGUGGCAUCUGUUGGUACAACAGAAGCCGUGCAUGACUCGCAGUAGCAAUACCCCCAUUACAAACAUUGAAGACAAUUAAAUUUUCGCUCCCCUAC